AUGACCUCCCAUUCCCACCGCAAUCACUUCAUCGAACCCCCCUCUCUCACACAGCGUCGUUACAUCAUCCACCAGAGGGACGAGGCGGAGGAGGAGGUGCGGACAUGCGCUGAGGCUGUUGAAGCUGGUGUGUUCGCUGAAAAUUGUCUUGAUCUUGGUGUGGGUGGUGACUCUCUGCCGCAAGGAGCCUUGCCCCAUCAUGUUGCCUUCGUAGCAGAUCCCCAAUUGGUAGAUCCACAUACUUAUCCGGGCAGGCCGUGGCUGCUCUCGUCACUUACGAUGUUUUACUCCGAUCUCUAUUUGUAUCGAACUUACUCGCUUCUUCAGCGGGACCUAAGACCGGAUACUACUUUUUUUCUAGGCGAUUUGUUUGAUGGGGGAAGGGAGUGGGCUACGGGAAGCAGCUCGAGUCCAGACGCAAGGUUUAAAAUGUACGGGAAUGACGUCUGGAUGAUGGAGUAUCGACGGUUCGUCGAGAUGUUUUUCGAUACGUGGAGGCUGUGGGCGGUUGAUUCCAAGGCAAGUGGAAGGGGUCGCAAGAUCAUCGCGAGUUUGCCGGGGAAUCAUGAUUUAGGGUUUGGGCAUGGGAUCCAAAAACCCGUGCUCAAGAGAUUCCGGACGUAUUUUGGCGAUGGGAAUCGCGUCGAUGUCUUGGGCAACCACACGUUUGUCUCGGUUGACACCGUUUCACUGAGCGCGAUGGAUGAGCCGAAUCCUGAAACUGGGGAUUCAGGGGAUGCGUCCUCCGGUGACGAAAUCUGGAGAGAGGUGGAGAAUUUUUUGGAGGAUCUUCCCAAUUUAAAGGCGCGAGCGGUAAAGGAAGAAUUGCUUGCUCUCCAAGGAAAGGCAGAAAACUAUUCAGCGCCCUCCACGAUCGUCAAUGCCCGUAAUCCCACUCAGCCUGUUGUGUCCUCCGCACCAUCUGAUGCGGAGCUACCUACCAUCAUUCUUACACAUGUACCCUUGUAUCGGGAGCCAGGCACUCCCUGCGGGCCACUUCGCGAACGAUUCCCACCUUCAUCCACCGAUCCAUUGCCGGAAAAGGAUGAAAGGAACGCGAUAAGAGUCUCGAGGGGAUAUCAAUAUCAGAACGUCCUGACUGAGACAAUUAGCAAGAGAGUAGUUACCAGCGCCGGCACGGGUGUGAAGCAGGUAUACUCUGGCGACGACCACGACUACUGCGAAAUCAGCCAUCAUGAAUUCAGCGGCUCGCCCAAGGAGAUCACUGUGAAAAGCAUGUCGUUGGCAAUGGGCGUGCGUCGCCCAGGCUUCCAAAUGGCCAGCCUCUAUAACCCCGUCGACCUACAGACGGGAAAAUCCAUAAACCCAGACUUAGGAUUAUCAUCCUCCUCCACAAUCCAAAACCACCUCUGCCUCCUCCCCGACCAAAUCUCCAUCUUCAUACAAUACGCUUAUGUCCUCCUCCUAACCAUCGUCGCCCUCUUCGUCCGCGCUAUCUCCCGCACGUUCCAACCCCUUAAAGACCCAUCAAUAACAUCGCACGACUUCGAAUACCUCCUUCCCAUCAGCCACCAACCCCACUACCAUCACCACCAACACCUCUACAAUCCCUCCACCUCCACAACCUUCAGCACCUCCAGCACCUCCUCAACCACCGAAGGCGAAAAAUGCUUCUCACACCGCGCCACUACUAACAGUGGUGGUGGUGGCGGCAGUAUGCUAUCGCGCACAGCUUCCUCCUCACCACCAUCUCAUGACGGUCUCUUACGUCCGACAAAGCACGCACAGAUUAUCGACGUAACUGGAACCCAUGGCGGCGAUAAGGUCAGCGAGAGUCUGCGGCGGUCUGAUUUGGAAAUUGAUGAGAAGAUUAGAGACCGUAGCUGGGGUGUGAAGAGUUGGGGUAGUGCUGGUAGUGCUGGUCACCGCGGAUUCAAAUAUGUAUUGUGGGCGGAGUUUAUGAAGCCGUUCACACAAGUUUUGGUGGUGGGAGGUUUGUGGUAUUUUUGGCUGGUGCGGACGUGGUUAUGA